CCAUGGCGACGCCGCGGCGCUGGGUUUGCAUGGCGUUGCUGCUGCUGCCUUUAAGCGCGGGGCUUUCGGACGGCCAAGGCUUCAUCCUGCCCUUGCACCAGCCGCAGGGCUGCGAUGGGACCCAUUACUUCAGUAUCGCCAGCUUGGCUUGCGGGCAGUGCGGGGCCUCCCAGAGAAAAAGCGCUCGGGGUACUUCGUGUACUUGUCUACCUGGUUUCAAGAUAGUCUCUGAUAAUGGUGGAACUUCUAUUACUUGUGAAAAAUGUCCAGACAGCAUGAGUGGUGUUACUCAAGAUGGAUGGGAUUGCAUUACUUGCCCUAAUGGCUUAACUGCUGAAGGAAAAUGCAAAUGCCCUAUUAAUGAGAUCUUGGUGGAAAGAAAGACUACUGGUGAAUUGUUGAAAGAAGCAUUAUGUGUACGAUGUGAUGGAAAGGAGCAGUCGUUUGCUACUUCAAAUGCAUUAAGUAACAUGUGCACAAGAUGUGAACCAACAUUCAUUACUGUAAACAAAUCGUGUAGCUGUUCUGAGCCAAAUAUUUUAACAGGAGGUUUGUGUUUCAGGAGCACUGGAAAUUUUCCUCCAAAGGGAAUUGCAACUGUACGUUUUGGAAAGCUGGGCAUCACCCUGCUAUCAACAUGGUUUCUAAAAAAUCUACAAGCCUCAGCAGCUGCUUGUUGGCUCUACUCCAACCUUACAUCUUGCCAAGCACUUGGAAAUAUGUGUGUGAUGAACAUGAAUAGUUUGAGCUCUGCUAGCACUGAUGCAUGUGGUCUAUUUCAGUAUGUCUACGCAAAUACUGCAGGACUUGGCACUGUUCAUUCAAUAUCAUUUUGGAGGCAAAAUCUUCCAUGGCUAUACUACGGUGACCAGCCAGGAUUAGCAUCACAGGUUCUUGACACAACCCAGUUUCCUACAAGUUUCACUUUUAAAGGAACAAACAAGAACAUAAAAUUGCAGUUUAUCGCAGCUUCGUAUGAUGUACAGGGAAAUUUUCUAAAAUGGCAAUAUUUAGAAGGCGGAAUUUUACAGCUUUGCCCAGACACUCUGACUAGAUUGAAUGCUGCUUAUAUUUUUGGGACAACUUACCAACAAAAAUGUACAAUUUCAGUUUCCAAGAUUUUAAAGGAUUAUUCCGAUCCAGUGUUUUAUGAUGUGUUCCUUGAGUAUUAUGAUGAAGAAGAUGAACAACCAUACCUUUGGGCAGUGCCGGUAUUAAAUUUAAAUCUACAGUAUAAUGAAAUGUUUGUGAACCAAGGUAACAAUAUGAACAACUGGCUUUUGACCCGUCGGAUGUUCUUGGUGGAUACUUUAAGUGGAAGAGAAAAUGACUUGGGAAAGCAGCCAAGAGCAAUCAGAGUUGCUAGUGAAAUAACAAUAAGCAUUCGUCUUGUGCCUAACACUCAGAGAGGAGCCAUCUACCCCCCUCUGAUAACAGUUGCCUAUAGUGAUCUUCUGGUCCAAAAUCCUGAUACUCAGAAUGUAAUGGUUUCCUUCUCCAUCAACUAUGAAAUGAACCAGUCAGAGGCUCGCAUUCAGACUGAUAUAGCACUAGGUGUUCUGGGUGGCCUGGCAGUUCUAUGGUCCCUUCUCAAGACUGCUGGCUGGAAGAGGCGUAUAGGGAGCCCUAUGAUUGACUUGCAGACAGUUUUGAAGUUCUUGCUAUUCUACGCUGGAGACCUUGCAAAUGUUUUCUUCAUCAUCACAGUGGGAACAGGGAUUUAUUGGCUUAUAUUCUUCAAAGCACAACAAUUUGUCUCUGUUCUCUUACCCCUGCCAAGUCAAGAAGACUAUUUUGUGUCUUAUGUUGGGUGCGCUUUUGUUCUGAAGGCCCUGCAAUUUCUGCAUCUGCUUGUUUCCCAACUUACAGUAGAUAUCUUUUUCAUUGACUGGGAACGUCCUAAAGGAAAAGUACUUAAAGCAGUUGAAGGAGAAAAUGGCGUAAGAAGUAUUUCCGCACCAGUCAGCAUAUGGAGAACAUAUUUCAUAGCAAAUGAGUGGAAUGAAAUUCAGACCAUCAGAAUAAUAAAUCCCCUCUUUCAAGUGCUUGCUGUUCUCUUCUUUUUAGAGGUUGUGGGGUUUUCAAAUCUGGCCUUAAUGGAUUCUUCUUCCAGUCUUACUAGAAGCCCUGAAAGUUACAUAGCUCCCUGGAGUCGAAUUCUGAGAUAUGGUGUGUCUGCUGCACUUUGGCUAGUCAUUGCCAUAAUACAGAUGGUGUACUUUUCGGUCUUCUAUGAAAGAUUUGUAGAAGAUAAGAUAAGGCAGUUCGUUGAUUUGUGCUGUAUGAGCAAUAUUUCAGUCUUUCUGUUGUCACACAAAUGCUUUGGGUAUUAUAUUCAUGGACGAUCUGUGCAUGGCCAUUCAGAUACCAAUAUGGAAGAGAUGAAUAUGAACCUAAAGAGGGAAGCGGAAAAUCUAUGUAGUCAAAGAGGUUUGUUACCAAAUACAGAUGGCCAGACAUUUCAGAUUUCUAUUUCAAGUAAGAUGAGGCAGCAAUAUGACAGAAUUCAUGAAACAUUAACAAGGAAACAUGGUCCUGUUCGGCUCUUGAAUUCAUCUGCAACUACAUUUGAACAGAGCACUAAAGCAUACCAUACCAUGAAUAAAUUUCUAGGGUCAUUUAUAGAUCAUGUUCAUAAGGAAAUGGAUUACAUUGUAAAAGACAAAUUGUUAUUAGAACGAAUCCUUGGAAUGGAGUUUAUGGAACCAAUGGAAAAGAGCAUCUUUUAUAAUGAUGAAGGUCAUUCUUUCAGUGAUGUUCUUUAUUAUGGCAAUGAAGCUAUACUUCUCAUCUUUGACAUGCUGUUUUUUGCCAUUGUGGAUAUGGCUACACAAAAUUUUGUUUUAGCUGCUGUUCUUACAUAUUUACAACAAGAGAUUUUUAGGUUCAUUCGUAAUACAGUUGGACAGAAGAAUUUGGCAUCCAAAACGUUGGUGGAUGAAAGAUUUCUUAUAUAAAUGAAUAUGAAAACUCUAGCUCAUGAAAAGUCACAUGAAAGGAGGAUUCAUUUUCAGUACUAUGUAAAUAUUAAUGUAUAGUAUUUCUCUUUCAUAUUGUAUACUAAAAAACUGAAGUGUUUUUUUAAUGGAUUAAAUAUU